AGUUACUGACUGAUGGGGUGGGAGGACGGACCCUGAAAUUGUGCUGGGUGGGGCCGUUACUUGGCCUUAGAAUGUACCCCUCCUCUCGCCAGCCAUCUUAAAAAUGCUCAUGGCUUUACAGCUGGUGUCAUUAUAGAGACAAUCAAAAUGCGGGCCCUGUGGGGUGUUGUGUCAGAGACAAAACCCAGCCAUGUGUUGCUCCACCGAGUUGGAAACUUUCCUCCUCGGUUUCUCCACUCUCUGAACACAGGGCUAGCCCUCUCUAGCGGAGGCAGACUUAGGCUUUCACGAUCUCUCGGGUUCCUCCUGUGGCCCUGCGGCUCCUCCACAGUCCCAUUUCUCUUUCAAAGUUUCCCAGCCGCUUACUUUUUCCUUCCCACCCUCUUCUUUUCCCAGCUAGUUCAGCCCGCCCCUAGCACGCACCACCUACUCUGCCUCACGGGAGCCUUCCCGCUUCUCCGCCCGUCCUCCCCACCUAUCUCCCCGCCCUCCUCAGGUUCAGAAACCUCCAAUCAAGAGGGCCGAAGGUGUCUCCAGGACCCGCCCCGUCCUCCCUAUCCACCUCUUUUACCCCCAGUGCUCCCUCCCCCACCCCCCCCACCUCAAGUCCAGCGGACCCCAAGGCUUCUGGAUCAGAGAGCUAUGAAAAGUGUCUGCCCAGGCACUUCCGGUUUUUCUUCCCCCAAUCCCUCUGCUGCUUCUGCUGCUGCUCAGGAGGUCAGAUCAGCCACUGAUGGUAAUACCAGCACCACUCCGCCCACCUCUGCCAAGAAGAGAAAGUUAAACAGCAGCAGCAGUAGCAGCAGUAACAGUAGUAACGAGAGAGAAGACUUUGAUUCCACCACUUCCUCCACCCCUCCACAACCUAAAGAUUCGGCGUCCCCUUCAACCUCGUCCUGCUGCUUCGGGGUUCCAUUGGCCACUUCCAGCCACGUACCGAUACAGAAGAAGCUGCGUUUUGAAGACACCCUGGAGUUUGUAGGGUUUGAAACGAAAAUGGCAGAGGAAGCUUCCUCAUCUUCCUCAUCUUCGCCCACUGUUGCAACCUCACAGCAGCAGCAGCAGCAACUUAAAAAUAAGAGUUUAUUAAUUUCUUCUGUGGCUUCAGUGCACCAUGCAAACGGCCUGUCUAAAUCAUCUACCACGGUCUCUAGCUUUGCUAACAGCAAGCCUGGCUCAGCUAAGAAGUUAGUGAUCAAGAACUUUAAAGAUAAGCCUAAAUUACCAGAAAACUAUACAGAUGAGACAUGGCAGAAGCUGAAAGAAGCCGUGGAAGCUAUUCAGAAUAGUACUUCAAUUAAGUAUAAUUUAGAAGAACUCUACCAGGCUGUAGAAAAUCUUUGUUCUUACAAAAUUUCUGCAAAUUUGUAUAUGCAGCUGAGACAGAUCUGUGAAGAUCACAUCAAAGCACAGAUUCAUCAAUUCAGAGAGGAUUCAUUGGAUAGUGUUCUUUUUCUAAAAAAGAUUGAUAAAUGCUGGCAAAAUCAUUGUAGGCAAAUGAUAAUGAUCAGGAGCAUUUUUUUGUUUCUGGAUAGAACUUAUGUUCUUCAGAAUUCCAUGCUACCCUCCAUUUGGGACAUGGGAUUAGAGUUAUUUCGGGCUCAUAUUAUAAGUGAUCAAAAAGUUCAAAUGAAAACAAUUGAUGGCAUCCUUCUCUUGAUUGAGAGAGAGCGGAAUGGUGAAGCCAUCGAUAGAAGUUUACUUCGAAGCCUUUUAAGUAUGCUGUCUGAUUUGCAAAUUUACCAAGACUCUUUUGAACAACGAUUUUUAGAAGAAACUAACCGGCUUUAUGCAGCUGAAGGUCAAAAGUUAAUGCAAGAAAGAGAGGUUCCUGAGUAUCUUCAUCAUGUUAAUAAACGCCUAGAAGAAGAAGCAGACAGACUUAUUACUUACUUAGAUCAGACCACCCAGAAGUCACUGAUUGCUUCUGUUGAGAAACAACUUCUAGGUGAACAUUUAACAGCAAUACUUCAGAAAGGUUUAAAUAACCUUCUUGAUGAAAAUCGAAUUCAAGAUCUGUCUCUUCUAUAUCAGCUCUUCAGUAGAGUUCGAGGUGGAGUUCAGGUUCUCUUACAGCAGUGGAUUGAGUAUAUCAAGGCUUUUGGAAGUACUAUUGUUAUUAAUCCUGAAAAAGAUAAAACCAUGGUUCAAGAAUUGUUGGACUUUAAAGAUAAAGUUGACCAUAUAAUUGAUACCUGCUUUCUGAAAAAUGAGAAAUUUAUCAAUGCUAUGAAAGAAGCAUUUGAAACAUUCAUUAAUAAAAGACCAAAUAAACCAGCUGAACUGAUAGCUAAGUAUGUAGAUUCAAAACUUCGAGCUGGCAAUAAAGAAGCUACAGAUGAAGAGCUUGAGAAAAUGCUGGAUAAAAUAAUGAUUAUAUUUAGAUUUAUCUAUGGCAAAGAUGUUUUUGAGGCUUUCUAUAAGAAAGAUUUAGCCAAACGCCUAUUAGUUGGCAAGAGUGCAUCUGUAGAUGCUGAAAAAUCAAUGCUGUCUAAACUGAAACAUGAAUGUGGAGCUGCAUUCACCAGCAAGCUUGAAGGGAUGUUUAAAGACAUGGAACUUUCAAAAGACAUCAUGAUUCAGUUCAAACAGUAUAUGCAGAACCAGAAUGUACCUGGCAAUAUUGAAUUAACUGUGAAUAUCCUGACAAUGGGUUACUGGCCAACAUAUGUACCCAUGGAGGUCCAUUUGCCACCAGAGAUGGUAAAGCUUCAGGAAAUUUUCAAGACAUUUUACUUAGGCAAACACAGUGGCAGGAAACUCCAGUGGCAGUCAACUUUGGGACACUGUGUGCUAAAAGCUGAAUUUAAAGAGGGCAAAAAAGAACUUCAGGUCUCUCUUUUUCAAACCCUGGUGCUGCUAAUGUUUAAUGAAGGGGAGGAGUUCAGUUUAGAAGAGAUCAAGCAAGCUACCGGGAUAGAGGAUGGAGAAUUAAGGAGAACACUGCAGUCACUAGCCUGUGGCAAAGCUAGAGUUCUGGCUAAAAAUCCAAAGGGCAAAGAUAUCGAAGAUGGUGACAAAUUCAUUUGUAAUGAUGAUUUCAAACACAAACUAUUCAGGAUUAAGAUCAAUCAAAUUCAAAUGAAAGAAACGGUUGAAGAACAAGCAAGCACUACAGAAAGAGUAUUUCAAGAUAGACAAUACCAAAUUGAUGCUGCAAUUGUCCGAAUUAUGAAGAUGAGGAAGACACUUAGCCACAAUCUUCUUGUUUCAGAAGUCUACAAUCAGCUAAAAUUUCCAGUAAAACCUGCAGAUCUAAAGAAGAGAAUAGAAUCCCUAAUUGAUCGGGACUACAUGGAAAGAGAUAAAGAAAACUCAAACCAGUACAACUAUAUUGCAUAGAAUGUUGGCCUUGGAACAUUUGUUGUCAUAUGCCGUAGCCAUUGGAUAAACUAACUUGUUGAAUCUCA